AUGCAUCAGAUGAGAUGAAGAACAACCUGAAAGUAGUGACAGCUGCAGUGACACAGGAUGGAAGGGCAUUCAAAUAURCAUCAGAUGAGAAGAGAGGAGAUUACAAUGUGUGCGCAACAGCGUUACGACAGACAGRGGACGUACUACAUUAUUGCUCCCAAAAAUUCUUUGUAGCUGCUGUUCGGGAAUUCUCCUCAAUGUGAUCAGAGCUGGCAAGAGUAGCUUUGACUUGUGCCAUUUAUUCCAUCCUUCUUUCCGACUCUGAGUUCAGCGACGAUCAAACAUAUUUCACAUAACUCUGCUUUUUUCAAUCCCAAAACGAAAACGAGUGUGGUUCCUUGACACUGCUGAAUAUCGUCGAUGUUUCUUGUUUCAAUCAGAAUGACGAACCUUGAGAAGAAGAUAAUGACACGAUGAUAACUCACCAAUGAAACUAGAAAAAAAAUUCUAUAAUUUCCUGUAAAUGAAUAAUUCUAUGAGUAGAUGUGGAUCUUCGCCUCUUACUUUUCUAUCGAUUGCGUAAUUUUCCGCCCACCMUUACGUAUUUCUCUUUCACGAACUUACGGUCACGUUAGCAUUUCUGUUGCUUGGCGGGAAGUAAUUMUAUCACUUCGACCGAUAGCAGGCGUUUCGGAGGACGACUCUGUUGAUUCGCAGACACUAUCGGUCAACUUCGGAGGCGAGCAGGUCGACUCGCCCUUUUGAGCUCCUUGCGAUGAAACCAAUGUCGACACGUCUUUCGGCUUCGAGACUUCGCAUCUUGGAUCUUGGACAGGCGCACAGGGUUUUUAGCACUGCCCGAUUUCGUUCCCCUUUCCAUUGCCACGGACACGGCCUUCAUUUGGAGGUGCCAAGGGCUUUCAGUGCAGCGACAACAAAAAAAUCUUGGGAGCAGUGUUCCAGUGCCCCCCGCGCCUGUCGCAACGCAGCCACACACACACCAGCAUCUCCCCUCAGUUCCAUGGAUGCGUGUUUCAGGGCGCAGCCAUCGGUGGUCACAGCGGCGGUCACAGCAGCGGUCACUACCUGUUUGUUGUUCCGCAGUUCCUCGGAGGCAUAUUUCAACGCAUCCGCGUUCCGCGUUACCGCGGCAAGGACUACCUUCGUGUUGUUCCUUAGUUCCUCGGAUGCAUAUUGCAAUGAAUUGCCAGACCAUUUAACCGCGGCAGUGACUACCUCCUCGCUGCUCUUCAUUUCUUGCGGCGCGUCUUUCAAUACGUAACCGCUCGUUGCUACCCCAGCAAUCACUAWCUGUUUGUUGUGCUUCAUUUCUCUUGGAAGGCUUUCGAAGAUUCUUCCGUGGUAAUCUAGCUUUACCGCGGCCAUUGCUACCUCUAYGUUGUUCUUUAGUUCUUUCGUUGCAUAGUCGAAUGCGCGGCCGCAGGCGCCCACUUGAUUGAUUAGAUCUAUCAUGAACCGCGGACUGCCUCGCAACUCGUCAAAGAAGAAGCCAAACCUCCCGUGUUCUUGAAAAAUAGAACUGAAAUCCCGGGGCCGCACUUUCAAGAGAAUUUUCUUCAAUCGCUUCGGGGCGUGUUCGAAGAUGACGGGAUUCUCUUGCGCUGCCAUGCUAACGUCACUCCAGAAAUCUUCGCGGAGCUCGCCUGUGAUGAAAUAGUUGGAGAAGAACAUAGUGGGUCUUGCAAAAGGAUUGCAACGCUCGCGGUACGGAUUUCCGAUGAAUUUAUUCGCAAGGAGCUUGGUACAGCACCUGGAUGUCACAAUAUCAAUGAUGGCAGCUUUGACGGAAUGUACGACUUGAGUUUCGUAUUCUAUUUUCAAAAAUGGUGUGGCGCACUCUCGAUUGGUGAUGCAACGGUACGUUCCGUUGUGAAAAAAAGUGCCAACUUCGUUCCAGGAUGCUCUGAGGACUAUGGUAUGUAAUGUGUAAUAUGUGAUGUGUAACGGUAUGUUGUAUCUGAAGAACAAUCUGAAGAACAAAAGGGGGGUUUCGAUCGGGGUUCCCAUCACUAGAAACGGGUAUCUUCUCCAAAAACAAAAGUUGUCACCCCCUACCAAUUUCGUUACGUAGAAGAUACCGUACCGUAGUACGUAUUGGCGUUUCGACUCGCCAAACAUCUACAGUACUAAUAGUCGACUCAGUCGACUAAAUACAGCACAACCCGAUACUUCCGACGACCAACCACCAACCAAGGAGUCGGUCGAGGUCAAAACAAAAACUUGGGCAACACAGGCGAGAUGCGUACAGACCCGUACCGUAGUGUAGCCGUAGGCGACGUAACUCGUACUAAUACUAACCGGUACAAUACAGUACUACCUGGUACCACCUUUCUGUCUGUAGUCCCUGCCUUCCGGUUUAGAGGAACCAAGAAUUUUACAUAUCUUUCUUUCUCGGCAACAACACAACACAACACAACACAACACAACACAACACAACACAACCCAACCCAACCCAACCAACACAACACAACCCAGCCCAACCCGACGUACGCACGGCAUUAUUGCGACUGCCAUUUGAUUGUUGUCGAUCCAAGACACGAGAGCCAAGCAACGGUCGGUUUCGGUCUGGCAAGCUAUGGAGGCGAAUUCCUCGUCGUCGUUGUCGAUGGGACUGCGCUUCGGCGUUGCUUCUGCACCCCCGCACCACGUUUCCGUGGUGGCAUCGAUGCUCCCUGCCGUCCCGGGAGACCGCAGCGAUGGGAACUGCGACGGAGACAAUGGCGAGGAAUACGAAGAAGAGGAGGAGGAGGAGGAACUCCCCGUUGUUUCCAUCGAGCUGGAACGCCUCGUGGGAUAUCGGCCCUCCGAUCGGGAGGAGAUUGAUUCGAUAAAGAGCCAAUUGAUCGAGGCCAUGUGGAUGCGCUACAAAAACAGUGGCAGCGGGGAGGGUCCGAUCCCGAGCGAGGAGAAGCAAUUCGAUCCAGAAGAAGACGAACAACAACAACAACAACAAGAGGAACCCCCACCCGAUUUCGAUGACCAAAUCAAGGAACUGCUGGACUCCCGCGUGGCCCGCUUUGGCCGCAUGUGCCCGGAGACCGAAGAGGACGGAACGGGCGAACGCGAAGGCAAACACGAGUUGUCUCCCGGUGUGCCGUACCUCGAAAUUCCGUACCCUUCCAGAAUCGCCACGCGCGAAAACCACAACAAUGGAAGCACCGAUGGCCGAGACGGGAGUGACACUGCCCGGCUCUGGAGUGUCGUUCGGAACCUUGCCUAUGCACUGGAAGAGUACGACUACGAGGGCCAGGACUACCCAACCAAUGAGGAAAACGACGAUGACGAUGACGACAACAAUGACGACGAUGACGAUGACGACGACAACAACAACGAAAGCACUGCUGAUACACCCCAAAGACAAUUGCAAAGCCAGAGCGACAAGCCCGACCCCUCCUUCUGGUACCACCUUUCGGAUCACCUCGAACACACGGGCCGGAUGCUCUCGUGGAAGCACGCGAUGGCUCUGGAACUGAGGGACUGCCUCCGACGAGAGGUCCUCCACAAGACCCACAGCCGGUGGGUGGGGGAGCAGCGCAAGCUCAAGCUCGACCAGCUCUACGGGGUCCGGGAAACCCUCGUCCACCGCCGGGACCUGGCAAAGGCCGAUUUCGAUCGGCUGGUGUCCGCCAAGGAGGACGCGGUCCGGGGCGACAUGCUCCUCUACGACCACCAGCAAAAGAGGCUGCAACAACAGCAAAGGCGGAAGGGAUCCGGCGUCGGCAACGAUGGAGGAAUCCUGGGGGGAUCCGAUCUGAGUUUCCCGGAAGAAUUCCAGAUGCUGGGCCUGCUGCCAAAAGACCAGCUGUACGAGGAAGAGGACUGGGGGGGAACGCUAGACGACGACGAUGACUUUGAUUACUACCGCAGCGACUACAGCGAUGGCUACAGCGACGAGGACGACUACAGCCAGGACGAUGACUAUGCGGGAGGCGACGAGGACGAACACGACAACGAGGACGACCAAGCCGACGCGAAGCCGUCCCCAACGAGGACCACGCCAGAGCAUCCCCUCCCCGGUUCCACCACCGAGGAUGCAGCCGCGGACGAGACCGCUGCGACUUCUCCAGGCGUUUCCGCCGCCUUUGACGGCCCCGGGGCGAUCGCAGCUGCACCCUUUGCGGGAAGCACCAUCCCAAAGCCCUUUCUGCGCAAGAACCGGGAGCGCCGAAAGAAGAAAGCCAGGGCCCUCCAACGGAGGGAACUGAGAGAGGCCCGCCGCAGGGAGGCCCUGGAGCAGCGCAACAAGCACCAGCAUAACAUCGAGACCCGGCACACCACGAGAGAACUGGUGCUGGCGCAGACCCUGCUCGAGGCACUGGAGAAAAAGGUGGCAGACGUCGAGGCGCUCCUGGAGAGCCUCCAGGACGAGGUAUGGGCAGCCGAGGAAAAAGCCGAGCAAGAAGCGGAAGAGGCCGCGACGAACGGAGUGAGCGGGGAAGAGAGCAGCGAGGGAGAAAGCGGCCUUUCCCUGCUGGACCGGAUCCUGGCCAUGAUAUUGGGGGCCCUGCCGAUGGAACCCGGCAGCAAAGACCGCGAAAGACACUUUCGAUACGUCCGGGAGGAGCACCGGUUCAUCGUAGACGGCUGGAAGAACUACUUUGGGAGGCUGCCCCCGUCCUUUGAUCCUACCGAGGACCCCGGUGACGAAGACGAUGCCGAAGACGACGACGACUCCGCCGACGGAACGGGCUUUCGCCAAGGGCCAUUUCCCGCUUCGAGGCCCGCCGGAGGGCCGCGUCCCACCGGCCGGAACAGCGGCUCCACCGCACGAUUGUCCAGGAUCGCCCCCCGCGGGGCUGUUUCCGGGGGGCUUCGGCCUUCCGUGCCUCCCUCCGCGACCCCCGAGGAGCAGCGCAUGGCCCUGGGGAUCGUCGACAACGACGACGGCGAAUGGGACGAAAGCGACGACGACAACGAAUAAAACAAAGRACCAGAGAACAGAACGCGACCAAUCACUCCCAAUCAGAAGAAACGAGCUACAAAUCCGAUUGCAAUGCGUCGAAAAAACAUGCGCGUCGAAAACAGCCAGAGAAAACACUGCAAAAUAUUCCAUCUGAUGUGAAUUCCAAGCACGAAACMGACUUAUGGCUUCAACGAUCCCAUUCUUUCCCAUAGUGUCCCUAGAAGAACGGGUUGGUGGCUGUUGGCGAUAAAGACAUCCGUUGGCAUCGGCGUGUUUGACCCUUUCUCGAUUAUUUUGGAUGGAUGGAUGCGACGCUUGUUCAACGAAUGGCAAAGGCUCCAUGGAUCUUGCAUGGUGAACCGAAACCCUGGCCUAAUGGAUUUUUGCUUUUUAUGGAUUCCGUACUGCUAGACGUUGUUCUGGCUGUUGCAAAAGUCCUCGCACCCGUAGAGUCCCUCGUUCUCAGUCAACGCUUUGUCGUUCUUUUCUGUUCUUAAAAAGCAUUCGUACGGCUAGCUAAUACAAUAUAGAAGAAACA